ACAUGUAUUAUGUUAAUAAAAUUCACUUGAUUUUCGUUUUGUAUGUUUCAUUCGUGUUUGCUGAACAAGAGAGCCACUUAAAAACUGUAAUUCAUAAAGCGUUGGCGGCAAAAGCGAGACAAUGUAUGAGAAAUGUGAACGCUACGGAGGCUGACUUGGAAUAUUUAAGAAAUGAGCCGCCAUUUCCAGAAAAAUCUUCUUGUAUUAUUACAUGUUUAUUGGAAAAGAUCAAUAUUGUUCAAGACAACAAAUUUUCUAAGAAAGGAUUCAUAAUGAUUAUUUCCCCGCUUCUUUUAACGAACACAAAGAAGUUGGAUCACAUGAAAAGUGUUGCUGAAAAUUGUGAUAAUGAGAUAAAUCAUGACGAGGUUUCAAAAUGUCAGUUGGGAAAUGAAAUAACAACGUGCGUUUACAAGUAUGCCCCGGAAUUACACUUCAAGAGCUGAACAAAUAAUUUAUCGACGUUAAAAAUGAUGUUUACUAAAUAAA